AUGAAAGUUCAAAUUGCUGGAUUAAUAUAUCAAUUUUCAAUUAAAAAAAUUCAUGACAUUAUUACUCUUUGUAUUGGAAUUGCCUUUUUUUUAUUUUCUCUUCAUGUUACAAUUUUUCAUGUUCAAUAUAAUUCAUUACCACAUGUACAAUCAUUAACUACCAUUGUUACUUGUUCAUUUUUACAAGCAAUAAUUAUUAUAUUAUCUUCUUUAAUUCAAAUAUUACAUUCAACACAUAAUAUUCCAACAUCAAUGCCAUUUCAUUAUUUUAUGUUAUUUGUUAGAUUGUUAAUAUCAUUAACAAAUAGUAUUAUUCUCAUCGUUUCUCUUCAUCAAUUUAAUAAAAUUAAUGAUUCAUCUCAUCAUCUUUCUUUAAUUGAAUCUCAAUAUUCAUGUUGUGGUUGGUUCUCAAUCAACACAAUGACUUGUAAAUCAUUAGCAGCAAUUCGUGCUGAUAGAACAUGUUCAUCAACUAUUGGAGUAUCAUUUCAUAAUGUUCUUUCAAUUGCAUUAGUACUAAAUAUUGUAGAAAUUAUUGUGUCUCUUUCACAUUUAUUUAUUUCAUAUAUUUCUCAUAGAAUUAUUACUCAACAAGAUGAAGAAACAGAAAAUCCUGAUGAUAUUAUUUCAAAUUAUCUUACUACGAACCAAACUGAUAUAAAUGAAGAAACAAUUCUUUUAAAUAAUUUUUCUGAUAAACAACAUCAUGUUAAUCGACCAUUAUCAAUUUAUAAUACAACAGAAUCAGAUAAUGAUAAUGACAACUCAAAUUUGAUUUAG